AUGGCAUCCAAAGCUGAAGGGACUGCUCGGUGUGGCUUCUGUGGAAAGACCUUGCCGAACACUUCAGCACUGAACAAACAUAUCAAACGAACUAUUACCUGCAACAAAGCCUCGCAUCAGGAGUUUGGAACCUAUGUUGCCAAUAUCUGGAACGCACCUCAAGCACCUGCCACAGGCCCAUCUGGAUUUUCUUCGGAGCCUGCCCCUGAAAUGGUUGGACCACCUAUACCAAUUGAAGGCGAAUCUGAAACAUCUGAACCCGAUGAUCAGUCUGAUCAAGGUCUUGAGGCCAGUCUUGACAUACCUGAACCUCCAGCAUCCCCUCCUCCUCCUCCUCCUCCUCCUCCACACACUCCAUCCACGACCCGUACUACCAAUGAAGAGAUUCCAGAUCAGGAUACCUAUCCUGAGUCCCACGUUGAGGAUUUUCCUGAAGAAAGAAAAGCCGGGGCUGGCUGGGGUUACGGUGUCCCACUUUUUGAACGCAUUCGGCGUGAGCAGGAGGAGGGCGGCAGCUCACGGUGGGGAAAGCUUCCUAUUACAACCAAUCGAAUGAAGCCCUCUUACAACAAUAACCGUAAUUUUCUCAAGAAAGUUGAUGCCCUGCCGACACAAGGGGCCACAUGGACAUGCGACAUUGUAACAGCGCCAGGAGAUCGAACCGAUGAAGAUGGAAAGCCAAUGCCACCAGAAAAGCUUGAGCUGUGGAGGCGGGAUCCUGUGGAUUGUGUAAAGGAGUUGAUGAGUAACCCUGCUUUUAAAACAGUGCUGAAGUAUGCACCUGAGCGAGUGUACCGUGAUAAGGAGGGGAAUAUACGUGUCUAUGACGAGAUGUGGACUGGUGAUUGGUGGUGGGACACACAAUGGAAGCUUGAUGUGGGGGCAACAAUCGCCGCUCUGAUUCUCUCUUCAGACAAGACUCAAUUAACCCAGUUUCGGGGUGACAAGAAAGCAUGGCCUGUUUACCUUACAAUUGGAAACAUUGAGAAAGAGAAGCGUCGCAAACCCUCAGCCCAUGCCACCGUCCUUAUCGGGUAUUUACCAGUCGCGAAGUUGGACAAUUACACUGAAGCGACGCGUUCUCAAGAGGGUUAUCGACUUUUCCAUUUCUGCAUGGAGAAACUGUUAGCACCGCUCGUCAAAGCUGGGGAAGAGGGUGUCAACAUUACCUGUGCAGACGGCAUUGUUCGUCGGGUCUUCCCAAUCCUUGCUUCAUAUGUUGCAGAUUUUCCGGAGCAGUGUCUCGUCGCAUGCUGCAAAGAGAGUUACUGCCCCAAGUGCCGAGUGGAACCAAAAGACCAAGGGGAGAUGGUGGACUCCUUGCUACAAGAACAAGAACGUAGCAAGACUAUUUUGAGUCACAAGAAGAGUGGGCAACGUGUGGCUGCUUACGAUAAUGAGGGAUUUCGCCCUGUAUGGAAGCCAUUUUGGGCCAACCUUCCUCAUGUCAAUAUCUUCACAUGUUUCACACCUGACAUCCUUCACCAGCUUCAAAAGGGAGUCUUUAAGGACUAG